AUGCCUGGAGUCAAGUGUACUUCGUUCAUGUUGUUCAUUUUCCUGACAGUCACUUCCGGGAAAACCGUAAAAUAUAUGGUCACAGACGAGCUAGGAAAGGCAAUUAAUAUUCGGAAGACCGACUUACUCGGCGACUUCCAAGAAGCUGAGGCCAGCGUCUUUCAGCCUUUGCCUGAAACCUGCUUUAUAAAGAAAACAAUAGGUUAUACCGGCAGCAUCUUUGACUACUACGCAAACACCCAAGCUUUCUACACUAAAGUGGCCGUUGGAGCUGGCUUAGACGCCUCGCUGGAAUCAAGUUUUUCUCUGGGUUUUACCCUCAGCAGUGUCGCGGAAGAAGUAGAUUCAAAAGAAUCCACGGUGAGUGGAGUCUCUUUAAACAUUCGCGCAUUGACAGAAAAGAUCUUGGUGAAGAAAGACUGUCUGGAUGAAACUGCUAAAUUGACCCAAUAUUUCAUCACCGACUUCGAACUAUUGCCAGUAAAAUUCGAGAAACCCUGGCUACGAAAUUCCUGGAAGGAUUACGAUAUAUUCUUGGAUAAAUACGGCUCCCAUGUCAUAACGUCUGUCAACCGCGGAGCAAGUAUAAAACAGACAACCUUCGCGAAGAGUUCUAAUUCCUACAGUGAGAGAGAUUUUCAAGUGAAAAGUUGUGUCUCAUUCGCAGGUCCCACAACUGUUGGGAAGGUUGGCGUCAAAGCUUGCGCAAAUGUCAGCAAAACUGAAAUAUCCAAGGCAACACAUAUGAACACAGAAGAUAAGCUUAUCAUCAGAGGAGGAACAGUAAAUACCCGCAGUGCCCUCAGGACAAGUAGGACGAAAGAACUGAUAGAACAAUUUUUAAACGAAGCUAAAGAUUCGAACGAAGGCGUCCAACACACCUUCAAAUCAAUAUGGAACCUAGUGCAAGACCGGUUUGCAUUCGGAUCAGACAACUACAUCAGGGCUGUAAACUUGCAGUACUACUAUCUCGGUUUCUUAAAUUAUGGUUGCUCCUUCGAAGAAAGUGGGGGAGUAUCCAUACAAAAGUUCGACUACAGCAAAGAAUCCACCAAGGAAUCCCCGGAAUUUGAGUGCACUCUUGCUGCGGAGGGAUGCCACAGCUCCAACGACUGCCAUUACAAGUCAGUAUGGUGUUCAUGUUACGGGCCAUCGUGCGUUAAGUACGAAGCAGUCAAACAAGACACGUGUGGCAGAAAGAUCUCUGCAGUUGCAAACUACAAUGAAUACUGGGGAUGGCAUGGAUGUGGCUGGCAAGUCGCUGGAUCUUACUGCAAUUGUUACAACGGAAACAAAGGGUCUCGAAGAACGGUGUGGACAUUGCCCAGCAGAGACGCUGUUCAGGGAGGCAGUGCUCAAAGUGCUGCUCAACACAAAUCAGACAAUCAAGAUAAAAGCCAGGAAGUGGAAGAUCGAGGUGAGAAUACUGCAGAUCCAAGCAAAGAAUCUCCAGGGUCAAGCGGGGACGCUUCAGGAUCAGGCUGGGAUGCCAGACGGGAUACAGCUGCUGAAAGCGAAUAUGAAAACGCUGAAGCUGCAGAUCAAAGAGACCAACCUCGAGAGGAGCCUGUUUAUCAGGAUGAAUUGAUGUGA